UCCCGGUGGUUUAGUUCAGUGUCAGAUAUACAUUCGUCCCUGCAACUGAUACACUCCGCUCCUCCGUCCUCCCCUUAACACCUUUAAUCAUGUGAAUACACAGUGUAGGGUUUAUUUGACAAAAUGCACCGAGUGCAUGGAUUAGUGAUCAAUAUUGGGACCACAUCCUACCUAACAGGAUGCCUUUUCUUUUUAAUAAGUGUAGUCGGAGCUCAACUAAUUCCGACAGAAAACAAUUCCGAGGUUCUACUCAAGAACGGAUCUUCAUAUGUGAUAUUGAGUGAUAACCUGAGAUUAUCUCAGGGAACCCUGCUAGGGUUCUCCUUUAGAACUUGUCUCUCAUCAGGAGAACUAUUACGACAAAUAGGAGAGACUAAUGAUCUCUUAAUAUUAAGUUUAACUGAAACCAGUGGAAUCCGUCUCACCAUAGAGAGAGGGGAUAAUAGGAGCAGUAUAGAGUCAGGAUCAAACCUUGCUGAUGGAUCCUGGCACACGGUCAGGUUAGGAGUCUCUCAGAACAGGACCACCUUGUGCCUCUCCGUGGACGCUUUAGGUCCGGAGUCAGAGUGUUCCCAACCUAACCCUGGACCUGCUGUAGUGACGGAGCAGAGUGAAAAUACAAGUACAAGACUAGAGAAUGCAGAAUCCAUCCUGUCGUCGUUAAACCUUUCAGGUAGCUCGUCAGAGCUCAGGGUCGGAUCCGGAUUGAUUGGUUGUAUCAGAGAAGGUCCCGGACUCAGGUUUACUGGAGGACGGGUUUCAGAUUCUGUUGGAGCUGAAUGGUCUCAUUGUACUCUCCCUGAUACAUGUACAGGAUAUGAUUGGAGUUUACUAACAGAUAUUCCUCCUGGAAGUAACCCCUGCGCUACCUCUCUCUGUGAAAACGGAGGUCUAUGUCUGCCACUGUUAAACCCUACUCCGGAGCAAACCACGACCUGCUCCUGUGUUGCUGGGUUUACAGGUCCAACCUGCUCCGCCCCGGCCCGCUCAUGCUCAGAAAAUCCUUGUUCUCAUGCUGGAGCUUGCUUAGAGGAUUCAGUCUCAGGAGGAUUUACAUGUAACUGCACUGGAACUGGAUACUCUGGAACCUACUGUGAGACGGAGCUGAACCAUUGCUCCGGGACGGUUUGUGAGAACGGAGGAGAAUGUUUAGAUCAACCUGGUGGUUUCCUCUGCCAGUGCUCAUUGGAGUUCAUGGGAACCACCUGUUCAACCAGGAUACUCAACCCAGAGAUAUCUGGCAGGAAUAUUGUGGAUCCGUGUCUGAGUGUUCCUACUCCAUGUAGUAACGGAGGUACGUGUCAGGUCUCUCCGGACAACCAAACCAUCUCCUGUCUUUGCUCUGAUGGAUACUCUGGUCCGACCUGCUUGAUUCAGACGGAUCCAUGUCAACAUUUUAUCUGUCCCGAGAACUCCGAGUGUAGAGUGGACCCAGAUCCAUUAUGCUUCUGUAUACCAGGAUAUAAUUAUACAGAUUCUGAAGAGGGAGCCUGUGUUAAGAACGAUAAUUGUGCCGAGAACCCUUGUGGAGAAGGUGGAACGUGCUCAGAUACUGGUUUAGGAUUCUCCUGCUCCUGUUCUCCGGGUAGACAAGGAGCUACAUGUGAAGACGAGGUUGAUUUAUGUUCCAGUGCACCCUGUCAGAGCGGAGGAACCUGCACUGCAACCAAUGGAAUAGUAACCUGCUCCUGCCAGGACGGAUUCACAGGAACUCUGUGUGAGCUGGACGUGGAUGAGUGCCUGAGUUCUCCUUGUCAACAUGGAGUAUGUUCUAACCAGGCUGGUGGAUAUCAGUGUGGGUGUGAGCAGGGUUGGAGCGGACAAAACUGUGAUAUAAACAUUGAUGAGUGUUUGAGCAAUCCUUGCAUCAACGCAACCUGCGAGGACAAUGUGAACGACUACAGAUGCUUAUGUGCUGCUGGAUUUACUGGGAAGAACUGUGAGGUGGAUAUUAAUGAAUGUGAGACCAAUCCUUGCCUAAAUAAUGGAACCUGUACGGACGGAUUCAACAACUACACCUGCUCCUGCACUUCUAGGUAUAUGGGAAGUAGGUGUGAAGCGGCUUUUGAUGCUUGUGCUGCAUCUCCGUGUUCUAAUGGAGGGACAUGUAUCAAGAAGAGUGAAGAACGAGGAGCUCCGGUGGAGUUUGAAUGUCAAUGUAUACUUGGAUAUGACGGGUUGACAUGUGAACAUAAUAUCGACGACUGCUUGAACGUGGAGUGUGGGGGUGAACAGACCUGUGUUGAUCUUGUUAAUGGUUACGAGUGCAGAUGCCCCGUAGGGUUCACAGGGGAUUUGUGUCAGGAGGAUAUAGACGAAUGUGCUCCUGAACCCUGCCUGAACGGAGCAACCUGUGCCAAUCUUGUUGGAAACUUCUCCUGCUCCUGUGCCCUGGGGUUCACUGGGUUAAACUGCUCCGAGGACGUGGAUGAAUGCCUGAAAACUCCGAGUAUAUGCAACAACGGUAUCUGUCAAAACCUCCCCGGAGGUUACCAGUGCUAUUGUAGACCUGGAUACUCUGGAACCCACUGCACAUACGAUUUCGACGAGUGUUUAUCUACUCCUUGCUUGAACGGGGGAUCCUGUGAUAAUCUAGUAAAUGCGUACAGCUGUUCUUGCCAACCUGGAUUCAAUGGAACCAAUUGUGAGAAUAAUAUUGAUGAAUGCCUGCUUGACUCCUGUAUGAACGGUGCUACCUGUGUGGAUGGUGUCAAUAACUUCACUUGUACUUGUCCCCCCGGAUACUCAGGUCGACAAUGUGAGAUUAAUAUUGAUGAUUGUGCUCCGCAACCGUGUCUCAACGGAGGAGGAUGUGUUGAUGGAGUUAAUUUGUAUAUCUGUAACUGCACCAACACUGGGUUUACCGGAGACAACUGUGAGCAAGAUAUUGAUGAAUGUGCGGUCAACCCUUGUAUAAACAACGCAACCUGUCUAAACCUGGUCAACGACUAUAAUUGUACCUGCUGGGACGGGUUCGAGGGGGAAAACUGUGAGACGGAUAUUCCUGAAUGUGCUCUCGGUCCUUGUCAGAACAACGGAACCUGCUACGAGAAAUCCAACCUAGAAUUGUACCAAGAGGAAACCUAUUCCUAUCUCUCCGAUAACAUCAGAGAUCAUUUUACUCAAGAGUUCAGCUAUGCUAAUGCAUCAGGAUAUAUCUGUGAAUGUUUGCCAGGGUUUCAAGGAUUAAACUGUGAGGAGAACAUAAAUGAAUGUGAAACAAACCCCUGCAGAAACGGAGCUGAGUGUGUGGACGGGGUCAACAAGUACACUUGCUUGUGUCCCGAGGGUUUCGAGGGGGACAGAUGUCAGAUUAAUAUAAACGAGUGUAGGAAGUAUGAUCCGUGUACCAACGAUGCUGUAUGUGUAGAUCUGGUGGCUGAUUAUGAGUGUGUAUGUAAGAAAGGGUUUGGAGGGAAGAACUGCUCCGUUCCACUGACAGGAUGUAAUGAAGUAACUUGUCUUAACGGAGGAACCUGUAUCCCCUGGUUGAUCGGAGAAACAGAUCAUCGGGGAAACUGCUCUUGUAUGCCUGGGUUUGAUGGAGACGUCUGUCAGAUUACCACAACCUUUUCAUUCAAGGGGAACUCUUACAUUUCCAUAGAUUCAGAGAGAAGUGAAGGUUUUGAGCUUUCACUAAGAUUCAGAACAACAAUGGCUGACGGUUUGGUUGCUAUUGGACACAGUCCAUCUUUCUUUAGAUUAAAUCUCAAAAAUGGACGUUUAAAUCUUCACUCGAGUAUGCUCAACAUUUUUGAGGGUAUAUUCAUUGGUGAGGAUCUAAAUGAUACUGAGUGGCAGAAGGUUUAUGUAGCAUUCAAUAUCAGCCAUCUCACUAUAGGGAUAAAUGAUAGGUAUCAGGUGAUACAACCAAUCAAUCCUGAAACACCAAGUCAAACUGCUUUCAGAGAAAAUUUCCUCGGUGGUGUUCCGAAUAAUGGCACACUGAAACUGUUGGCAGAAAGUACUCCUGACUUUGUUGGUUGCAUGCAAGAUAUUUCUGUGAAUGGUAUCCGGGUAAGUGAAGAAGACGUUCGUCAGAAUGAACUUGGAACCCCUGGGAUUUCUGAGUACAAUACGGAGAAAGGUUGCUACAGGAAAGAUCAGUGUAAACCCAACCCCUGUAAAUCUGGAGGGAACUGUACUGAUCUCUGGAGAAACUAUAAAUGUUUAUGCCACCGACCCUUUCUUGGUCCCUCCUGUCAAUACAAUUAUACUGGAGCAACAUUUGGAUACGAGAACACUACCGACAGCCAGGUGGUUGUUAAGGUGAAGGAACCAAACGACUACAAAGACGGUAUAGAUUUGACAAUGUUUAUCCGAACGCGGAAGCCGACUGGAAUUAUUUUCUAUCUCGGAAUAGAUCCUACGAACCCUGUAAGAAAUCAAAUUAUCGGGAGGUUAGUGAACGGUGCCCUUCGGAUUGAAGCCAGAUUUUCAGAUAAAGAUCCAGAAUCCUUUACACUCUACUCAGCUUUACUUUCUAACGGUUACAGUCACUUUAUCAGAGUGACGAGGAUGAAAAACCAGAUGACUGUUAAGGUUAAUGACACGAUAUCCAUCAAACAAGAAAUAUCCUCUGUAGUUCCCAUCGUAGCAGAUUAUCUAUAUUUAGGUAACCUGCUUGUAUCCGGGACUACACCAACCAUCACCCCUCUGGAGAUUUCUACGGAGUUACCCGUGUCAGCUCCAGGUGUUGACACAACCAUGAUGAUUCCAGAUACUACGACAUUCUUGCCAAUCGCCCUUCUAGAUAUUCAGGAUACUACUAUGGCAAUCAUAGAGGAGUCUCCUGUUACUUUUAUGGACUCAGAGGAAAUGACAACCAUGGAACCCCUUCCUGUAAUAUCAAGAGGAGUUCGUCAAAUCACAACGUUUCCUUCGGGAGAAGAGUUGACCUUCUUCAAGGGAGUGAUUCAGGAUGUUCAACUAAGUAACGGUUCUGGAGUAAAUAAGAUUGUUAAAAUGUUUGAACUUGAUUUCGCUGAGAACGUAAUUGUCGAGGAAUCUCUUGGUGAGGUGACUUCGCUAGAAAUUAAGAAAGGAGUUGUAUCAGACAAUACCUGUAGAGUCAAUCCUUGUCUUAAUGGAGGAGAGUGCUAUGUUUCUUGGAACGAUUACAAGUGUAAGUGUGGACCUGGAUACAUGGGCCGGGACUGUGACGAGAUAGAAUAUUGUUACUGGAACCAGUGUCCGGAGGGAAGUACCUGCACUACUCUGGUGGACGGAUUUGAGUGCAUCACCAAUGCAACUUUCAACGGCGUUAACGACACCAUCGUAUUCGAACCUCAGAUCACUGAGGCUACAAAUAUUAACACCAUAACUGCCAGGUUCAGAACUGAAACUGGCGGAACCUUGCUCCACGUCGAGGGAACUGACGGAAACCAACUGAAGAUCGGAAUCAAGAAUGGACAGGUUGAAACAAUUCUUCCUGUCUCUAACAAUCUCAGAAACUUCUCAUUUGGAUCUUCUGUCAAUGAUGGAUUUUGGCAUACAAUUAAGAUAGAAGACCAUGGAGGAAUUAUUACAGGUUCCGUGGACGGAGAACAGCUUAAUGAACAUUUUCUGGAGGGCAAUGAUACCCAACUAGAAAUUCUCCCAUUCAUAUUAGGCUCGAGAGUGGCAGUUGGAUCAGAGUUCAAUCUAGAUCGUUUUUACGACUUUUUCCGAGGAUGUGCCGGAGAAAUGAGAAUUGGCUCCAUCCUGCUCCCAUACUUUACAGAGACUGAGAUGGUUAACAUAACUUCAUCCAACAGGUUUGUAGUAACAAACAGCAAUAACGUGAGGAAGAACGAGUGUGUACUCUGCUAUCAGCAUGAAUGUGAAAACAGUGGGGUCUGUGAGGAUCCAUCUGAGAAGUUUGAAUGUUCAUGUCCUCCAGGAUUUGACGGAGGAACCUGCUCCAGGAAUAUUGAUGAGUGCGCGAAUAGUUCUUGUAUCCAUGGUUCCUGUGUGGACGGUAUAAACCAGUACACUUGUCAGUGCAUCCAUGGUUGGAUAGGACAGUUCUGUCAGGAAGACAAGGAUGAGUGUGAAGACGAACCUUGUAAAAAUGGCGGAACCUGUCAGCAGACUGUAGAACCUGGAAGUUAUGAAUGUACCUGUACGGAAGAGUACAAAGGACAAAACUGUGAAAGCUUGAAGGUUCGAACUUGCAAUGAGACUCCGUGUGUCAACGGAGGAACUUGUAUAGACGAACCUGACUCUACCUCUUCGGAAAGAUACAGGUGUGAUUGUCCCCAGGGCUACGAAGGUUUCAAUUGUGAUACUCAGAUCAAUUUCUGUGUCAAGUUGAAUGCGAACUGCCAGAACGGGGGAACAUGUAACUCCGACUUCUCUACUUUCAGUUACCAGUGUGUCUGCGUGGAUGGAUAUGAUGGCAGAAACUGUGAAAAUGAUAUUAACGACUGUGCCAGCAAGCCCUGCAAGAACAACGGGAAGUGUAUCGACAAGGUGAACCAGUUCAGCUGUGACUGUGCUGGUACAGGGUUUGGUGGACCCUACUGUGAGAAGAAUAUUAACGAGUGUCUGAGUAAUCCUUGUGAGAAUGGAGCAAGGUGUAACGAUACACUCGGAGAUUAUGAGUGUGCUUGCCUUGGAAACUACUGUGGUAAAAACUGCCAGAGGCUGAAUCCAUGCAUAAAGGACGGAAUCCUGUGUGAGAAUGCAGGAGUAUGUGUUCCAAGCUGUGACGAUGCUCCAUUCUAUAAAUGUUCUUGUAACUCAGGAUGGGAGGGUCCAACCUGCAGUCUAAAGGUGUUUGUAGAGAGCGAAUGGGAUGGACGGGAUAAGGACGGGGAUUGGUUACUCCUGGUGAUAGCUCCACUGGCCGGCGGACUCAUGUUCGUUGCUGUUGUGGGACUACUCGUCUUUGUAUCGCUUGCAAGGAAGAAAAGGUCCCUAAAUGGAACCUAUAGUCCACAAAAGCUUGAAUUACAAGCCCCAAGGUUGGAGUUGGAUUUUAUGAUGAAACCACCCAACGAGGAAAGACUUAUUUAACAGGUUACCCGAGUUAAAACAUUAUUUUUAACAUGCCAUUAUAUAAAUAUCUAUAUAUAUAUAUAUGUAUAUAUAUAUAUAUAUAUUGUGACAUAUCAACGAACUUCGGGAGUUCUGUGACGAGAAGAGAAAUCUUUAAACCUUGUGAUAAAAAAUUAAACCUGCUUUCAUUUUAUCUAAGGGAUUUAUAACAUACGAUGUAGUGCUAAUGUGUAAUCAACAUACUUGAAGUACUUGAAGUAUUCAAGUACUCCCGGUACUCCAGGUACUUCAGGUACUUGGAAAUACUUACAGUAUUCCGAGCCCGUAAUAUGCUUCAGUUACUCUGAUGUGAACGAAGGAAUUACUUCCAAACAAAACCAGUAUUUAGUGUUGAACCUAAUAUUAAAAAAUUCUUCUUUUGUUAAAAAUUUGAGUUUAAAUAUUUUAAACAACUAAACGUUUUCUAUACAUGCAGUUAGUGUUGGGCUGUUAUAGUGCUUAAAGGGAUUCUAUGCGUAAUGUCAAAUUUGAUAAACUCAAUGGAGUUAAUUCUAUUAUUAUAUAGAUAUUAGAUAGUCCCUUUAAGCAUAUAUUUCACGAUUGUCAUUCCUUCCAAUUUUUUUAAUCAUUCCUAAUAUUCUGAUAUAAUUCCGUUUAGAUUAAAUCUAUUGCAUUUACAGAGUAAUGUGCCAUUGUUCCCAGUAUUUUCAUCCAUUUUUCUUACACUUAAGUAAACAUUUAUCUUCCAUAUAAAUACAUGCUCAUGUACCAUGUACAAUAUUGUAAAUAUGCAUUUUGGAAAUCAUGUAAAAACACCUUCAAGGAAAAUACUUUUAAAAACUUUUAAAUGGUGGGAUAAUUUGAGAUUACCGAUUACAAUAAUCAGAAAUUAGUAUUAUUAUUAUCAUUAUUAUUAUUAUUCAUCUUUACAUGUAAAUAUAAAAUUUAUUCUUUAA